UACGCGUCGAUAAUCCGAACUAAUAGUGGUUCGAUGCGACAAAUCAAAUCCCGUCGGGUCUAAAAUGUGCGUGGAAUAAAAGGAAAAAAAAAAAGGGAUAAAAAAAGAAACACAUUCUCUCGGCGUCUCCGCCUCCUCCUAACGAACUCGAUAAUUUUUCAUCUAAAUUAUCUGGCAACGUUGGAUCGUACUCGUCUAUCUCUCUCUGAUCAUCAUCAUCAUCGUCGUCUUCGUCGUUGUCUUCGUCGUCGUCGUCGUCGUAGGCGUCAUCAUGAUGUAUGAAUCCAAGUGUCGACGAAGUUUGUUUUGAAUCGAUUGAAUGUGGAUAUUUGACUUUUUCGUUAUUAUGGUAAUUCCCUUGAAAAGGAGUGGCGUUGAGUUUAUUUAUCGUUAUGGCGUUAAUCGCUUAUAUCCGUCAAUAUUCGAUUGAGAAAUAAUAAAAAAAAUUAAAAAAAAAAAAAAAAAAAAAAAAGAAGAAAAAAGAAAAAAAAAAAAAGAAAAAACAAAAAAGAGAAAAAAGAAAAAGGAAAAAAGUGUUACGAAAAUUGGUUACGAUAAAAGUAUAAUGUCGGAGAUCGAAAAGAUUUUUCUCAUUCAAUGUCGGCUACGAUCGAAAGGAAACGAUUCGAUCAUCGUGAAAUUAUUCGUCCUAUGGAUUCUUUUACCAUUGAAUUUGAUGAUGGCCGAUCGGCCAAUUAUAUCAAAUUCAGAGAAAAGUAAUAAGUGUCCUGUCGAAUGUGGUUGCAUAGGGAACGUUGUGAUAUGUAAUAAUUUACAAUUGAUCGAAGCACCUAGCGGCUUACCACCAUGGACCGAAAAUUUAAGUCUAAAAGAUAAUAAUAUAAGCAACUUGAAGUUUGAUUCGUUACUACAUUUAACAGAACUUAAAGAACUGGAUAUGAGCGCUAAUAAAUUAGGAGAUAACUUUACUAUUGGUUUAUCGGAUGCGGCACAACUGAAAGGGCUCAAAGUGAAUAAAAAUCAAUUGACGCAAAUACCUGAUCUUUCUUUCGUUAAAAAUUUAACACAUCUCAGUUUAUCGCACAAUGAAAUUUCUACAAUUAAUGGAACUGCUUUAGCUGUCUUAUCGGAGCUUCAAACUUUGGACUUGAGUUUAAAUAAAAUAACUGUUCUACGACGUGGCUCAUUUCUUGCACCUAAUAGAAUCGUGCAUUUAAAUUUAAAUAUGAAUCGAAUAUAUGUCAUUGAAAAUGGUAGCUUAGAUAAUUUGACUUCAUUGGAAGAACUUCGUUUAAAUAAAAAUCAUCUUGUACAAUUAAUGGAUAUAUCGUCCGUGCAAAGUCUCUCUACGGCACUUUUCAGUAAUCUUGGAAAAUUGAGGAUAUUAGAAUUGAAUAGAAAUGAGCUGCAACAAAUGCAAGUAUUAAGUCUAACUGGUUUAACAAAUUUGGAAGAAUUACGUUUGAAAAGAAACAAAAUAAGUACCUUAAAUGAUGGAGCAUUUUGGCCUCUUAAAAAUCUCAUUCUUCUUCAACUUGAUUUCAAUUUAUUAACAACUGUGAAGAAAGGUGGUUUGUUUGGAUUAGAACAUUUGAAAAAAUUGACUUUAUCCCAUAAUCAUAUAAAAACGAUUGAAUCGCAAGCUUGGGAUAAUUGUGGAGAAAUCACUGAAUUGGAUUUAUCAUAUAAUAUGUUAAUUUCUAUAGAACGAGAUACGUUUGAUCAUUUAGAUAAACUAGAAAGAUUAAAAAUGGAUCACAAUCAAAUUACGUAUAUAUCGGAUGGUGCUUUCAACUCUACCCCAAAACUACAAGUUUUAGAUCUUAAUUCCAACAAAAUAUCCUACAUGGUAGAAGAUAUUAAUGGAGCUUUUGGUCCGCUCAGUAAUUUAUGGAAAUUAGGACUGGCACAUAAUAAAAUCAAAUCUGUUAAUAGAAAUGCUUUUAUCGGUUUAAGUCGUGUUACCGAACUCGACUUGAGUGGGAACAAUAUAACUAGUAUUCAAGAAAAUGCAUUUAAUACGAUGCCAGAUUUAAAGAAAUUGAAAUUAAAUUCAAGAUCAUUGGUCUGUGAUUGUGGAUUACAAUGGUUUAGCACAUGGAUAGGAUCACAUAGAUUCGAAGAUACAGAAGCUCAUUGUGGUUAUCCACAUUGGUUACAAGAUAAACCAUUAGCUCAAUUACAUCAUACAAAUUUCACAUGUGAUGAAUAUCCAAAGCCAAGAAUAAUAGAAGAGCCUAUAGAUCAAAAACGUGUGAAAGGUGACAACGUGACUCUUAUAUGCCGUGCAACAAGUACGGCUGACGCACCAUUAAAGUUUACUUGGAAACGGGAUAACGUGGAAUUAGAUAAUCCUAAUUUACAAACAGACAUUAGCACGUUGGAAGGUGGUGUAACAAAUGCAUCCUCUGUUUUGCAACUUAUUAACGUGACUCAUGCUAAUGCUGGAAAGUAUCAAUGUAUGGUCACUAAUUCCUACGGAACUACGUAUUCUGCUAAGGCCAAACUAAGUGUCCUAAUAUAUCCAUCAUUUUCAAAAAUACCUCGUGAUAUACGAGUAACUGCUGGAAGUACGGCACGUCUUGAAUGUUCAGCCGAAGGACAACCGACUCCUCAAAUAGCUUGGCAAAAAGAUGGAGGAAAUGAUUUUCCAGCGGCAAGAGAAAGAAGAAUGCAUAUGAUGCCUACGGAUGAUGUACUUUUUAUUGUAGAUGUAAAAAUGGCUGAUAGUGGUGUUUAUUCUUGCACUGCUCAAAACCUAGCCGGACUUAUCGUAGCGAAUGCGACUCUUACUAUAUUGGAGGUACCAUCAUUUGUAAAACCAAUGGAAAAUAAAGAAAUAAUGAUAGGUGGUUCGAUCGUAUUGGAAUGCAUGGCAAGUGGUUCACCACGUCCAAAAUUAAUGUGGCGUAAAAAUGGUAGUCCAUUACAAGUAACCGAACGUCAUUUCUUUACGGCAGAAAAUCAAUUAUUAAUAAUAGUUAAUACCAUGAGUAACGACGCAGGAAGUUACGAAUGUGAAAUGAGUAAUUCAUUGGGUAGUGUUGUUGGUGCGUCUCAUCUUACAGUAAAUCCUGCUCCAACGUCCAUCGUAAACGAAGAUAAUAUAUUGGGAUUAAUAAUAAUCACAGUGGUAUGCUGUGCCGUUGGUACGUCGGUAGUUUGGGUGGUAAUUAUUUAUCAAACGAGAAGACGUUUAAAUAACACGCGCCAUUCUAAUACGCAACAAUUACCUACAACGGUAAUAUCAACGGCGCCAGAAAAUCAAACUCACAUGUAUUUGGAUACUAGUUCGCAACACAGUAAAGAUAGUGGUACCGGUGAUAGUACUAAUCCCAGUAACGAUCAAUUACAAUUUUGUUUACCCGAAGAAAUGGUAACUUGUUCGGUCAACAACGAAGAAGAAACUGUAGCAGUUAACGUUGUUGAUCCACUUAUACGUUAUACGAAUCAUGAACGAUAUGUUCAUUCAGAAAAGGGCUGUGCUGUAUAAGCAAGAAUUAAGUUUCUUUGUUUACGAACAAUUUAUAGCAAAAGCCUUUAAUAAUUAUAAAAAGCCUUUUACACAGAUAUCAUACAUACAUACAACAUCCAUCAUCGUUUGAUGAUAUUGAGAUUUAGAAUAUACAAAUAAUAAUCAUGAAAAAUGAUAUCGAAGAAAAUCUGUGAAAGGCAAUUAAAAAUGAAACCUGUCAAUAUGCAACAGAAAAAGUAUUUUUAAUACUUGCAACUACUGUAUAAUGCUAUUGGUAUGUGUCAUCUUAUAUAUAGAAUAUCAGUGUAAUAAUAAUAAUAUAAUAAUAAUAAUAUGAUAAUGUUGAUGACGAUGAUGAUAAUGAUAAUGAUGAUAAUCAUGAUGAUGAUGAUGAUGAUGAUGAUGAUGAUGAUGAUGAUGAUGAUGAUGACUUUAUGAAAGGAUAGUACUGACUCUUACACGUACGUGUAAUACGUUAUUAUACGUAUAAUUAUCAAAGUAAACUGGUCGUUAUCAGUGUGGUCGUUAUAAGGAUGCAAGUAAAUUAGCAGUUAUGAAAAGAGACACGCAUUGUAAAUAUUUAAGUUUUAAACAAAUUCAUAUUCUGCUAUUACUUGCAUGAGAUUAUGGUUACACACUCACACACACUCACACACACACACACACACACACACACACACACACACACAUUGUAUGAUGACUUCGUUGUAAGAAAGAAUCAUAAACUCUUUGAAAGUCACCUAUACUAGGUCAAUCUUUGUGAUAGAUAUUUAUUAUAGAUUUAUACGAAUUAGGAAGAUACAAUAUUUAUGAUAUUUGAAGGUGUAAUUUUAUCAUGAGGAUAUAGAUGAGAAGUUGAGUAUGUAUCAUCUGUGCACCAAUGUACUGAUAUAUAUACAUAUAUACAUAUACAUAUAUAUAUAUAUAUAUAUAUCUUUGUGGAUUGUCUUCCCUCUUCAUUUUUACACUGUGGUCGUCGUAAUGAUUAAUAAGUAACAUACAAGUUUAUUUCUAUUCAUAAUUAAUAAACGCGUUGCUUAUUGAACGUUAUUCGUAUAUAAGUAUGUAUGUAUGUAUGUAUGUAUGAAUGUAUGUAUGUAUGUAUGUAUGUAUGUAUGUAUAGUAUAUGUAUGUACGUCCAACGUAUAUUCUUUUAACGUCAUACUUAUUUAAUCGAAGAAGGAAAAGUAUUACUAUGACUCGAUAUAUAUAUGCGAAAUUAUUCGUUUUGAAAGUGACACUGUGUAUAUAUGUAUAUAUACACAGUUGCUUGACUUGUAUUAUUUUAUUGAAUUUAACAUAAAUUUGAUAAUGAUAUGUUUUCUCAAAGUAUUAUUCAAAAAAAGGAAAAGAAAAGAAAAGAAAAGAAAAGAAAAGAAAUUUUAACGAAGAGUAAACUGACAAUGGAUCAACCAAAAUUUUGUUGUAAUUAUUCAAUUGCUCUGCAUUAUUAUUGCAAUUAAAAAAAUUAAGGAACUUAAAAAUCAUUGUUUUAAAAGCUGAUCUAUUUGCGAUUUGAUAAUUUUUUUAUUCGAAUGAAAUCGAAAAUAGAAAAGAUUAGACGUAAAGAAUACUUGUGACGAUGAGUGUUAAUAAUACAAUACAAAUUAUUAUUCCUAUUA